AUGGCCAACCUAGAAUGCGCUGUCGCAUUCCUCGUGCUAUUAUCCGUCGGAGGCUUAGUUGUCGGAGCGGUCGUCCAGCUCCUCGCUAGUGGAUAUGUCCAAAUUAUACACUUCUUCCUAGUACCGGAAACGCGAGCUACUAUUAUCCUCGAUAGGGUAGCGAAGAAGAGACGUCCACACGAGAUUCACGGUUUUAAGCUCUCCCUACGAGAAAUUUGGAGUGUAUGGAAACGACCAUUCGUUAUGCUCCUCACUAGGCCUAUUGUUCUAUGGCUUUCGCUACUAAGCGGGCUGAUUAUUGGUUAUUUCCUCGCUUAUCUCUCUUUCUGCCCUCCAUCCAUAUGUUUAGACAAAGACGACGCAAGAAUGGCUCCGAAUAUGUGCCUCCAGAAGUACGGUUAUGGUGGUUGCUCUAUGGUGAGUCAAUAUUUCCAAUCACGGGGACAAUAG